AGCAUCCCGUCCAUCACUUUGCGGCGGAUGUGGAUGUUCCCGAUGUAAUCCAUUGGGCAGUGACUGUCACCAACGCCAAAAAGAGCCCCGAAUACGCCGAGAACUUUGCGAUUCUGCUCAAAUCCAUUGGAAAAGCCAUGCACGACGGUACACAACCCGCACUGCACUUGCACCUGAUAGGUGAUACCGAUAGCCUGCCCAUACUUCAGGACAUUGUAGCGUCCAAAAACGAUUUCAAAAGUAUAGCGGUGUCUGUAUAUGAUCUCAAGGACGCCCGUGCGCAUAUAGACCCCGCCAUUGUGGAAAAUCUGCGGGCCAUCUUUGGGUCUGAGAAGUUCAACGACAUCGCUUUCUUCCUGCCGCCCUUACUGCCGCGCAUCCUGCCGCCAAACGUGACUCAUCUGUUGGUCACAGACACGGACAUGCUAUUCCGAAGUGACAUCAGUAAGCUAUGGGACGUCUUCCACGAGUUCACCGACACGCAGGUGAUCGGAUUAGCGCAUGAGAUGCAGCCGGUGUACCGAAAUGUCUUUGGCCGUUACCGUCUCAACAAUCCCAAUCUACCUGAGGCACAAAAUAUAGGCAUGUCUGUAUCUGAGGGAGGGUUCCCUGGAUUCAACAGCGGAGUGAUGUUGAUGCGACUCGACCGACUCAGAAAGCUGUCACUGUGGAAGCACGUACUCGAAGACGAACUCAUGAAGACCCUCGCCACCAUGUACGAGUUCAAGGGCCACUUGGGCGACCAAGACCUGUACUCACUACUGUCAGUGCCACACGCUGAGCUGUUUUACACACUGCCGUGUGGGUGGAACAGACAGCUGUGCACUUGGUGGAGGGAUGUGGGGGGGUAUAAAGAACCCAUAUUUGGGUAUUACAACGAUUGCGCGGGCGAUAUCCAUGUGGCCCACGGGAAUUGCAAUACCAAGAUCCCGUCGGAAUUGAAUCCGCUGCGAAGGCGAAGACACAGCGGAGACGAGUUGUAGCUGAGCUACAAUAGCAAUAUGUACACAGAUGUAUAUUAAAAGGAAGAUGUAUAUUAAAAGAAAUAUGUACGCAUAUGUAUAUUAACAGGAAUAUGUAUAUUAAAAACAAAAAGUAC